AUGGCGAAACGUAAACGACAAUGGAGUCCAACACGAGUGCCCAACCCGGGACAACCGGUAGCAAGCGGAUUGAGUCCCAAUGUAGAACAGCAGCAAAGCCCUUUCAGGAUCGCCCAGUCGAAUCAUGCAUCGGAGAGAAACCCGCAACAAGAGCCCGGCGAGACAGCUGGAGUACCGCCGCUGGUGGAAGUGUUGCCUUCUAUUACGCGCAAGAUCACCGCAUGCGCGGCCUGUAGGAAGAACAAGAUCCGAUGUGACAUGCCGGAGGAUGGCCCUCCCUGUAUUCGGUGUCGACGCCGGUCGCUUUCCUGCGUGUUGAAUCGUAGUCUGCAGUCGCUGGUGGAAGACGUGAAAAGUGUGGAGCUGGUACAAUCUGACCUGCGGAACUUGCACGACACAGUCGACAUCAUUUGCCAACACUUGGAUCUCGGGCGGCCAAAGCCACUCGUAACCGACCGUGGAAAGGCGAGGGAAAAUAUCCCACUAAGCGGAGAGCCUGACCGUGAGGAAAGUGAGGGAUGCGAAGUGUCACCACCUGAUUCCCCAUCUGCCGUUCAGGCUCCCAUUGACACGUUUCUCGAUAUCGCCAAGCUCGGAAGUCCUAAAUCUGUCGAGUCACCACCGGGUCGUCGCGCUAGUCGUGCGACUCAUGGAGAUGAUCUCAUCACCAAGGGCACUGUGUCCCUUGCAGUCGCAGAGAAGCUACUACAUCGGUACUUUUCGCGCCUUGACCAUUACCUAUACGGAAUAUGUAGUGAGCAUCACGACCUACAGCAGCUACGCACCACCUCUCCCAUCCUCCUUGCCGCGAUUUGCACUGUGUCAGCCCUCCAUGAUCCCCAGGACCAGAAGUACUACACAGCUUGUAACAAGGAGUUCCGCUCCCUCGUGAUGCGGUCCCUGUUUGAAAAGCGCGACGUUGAAUAUCUCAGGGCUUUGUGUAUCGCCUCGUUCUGGCUCGCAGAUGCUUCGCGAAUCCUCUGCAGUGAUGCUAUUCGACGGACGGCAGACAUCCGUCUUCACCGCAGCUUCGACUAUCUCAUCGGUGCCCGCGACCCUGAGUCUUGCUCCCCAUCUGCAGCAAACCCGACAACCUCUGUAGAUCGAGUUAGAUUAUGGUAUCUCCUGUUCGUAUGCGAUCAACAUCUCUCGAUCCUGCACAACCGUGACUCUCUCCUGCGCAGCGACAAAGAUAUCGCAGUGAGCUGGGAAACAUACCUACAUCGCGCCGAGACCACGGAAUCAGACGUUCGGAUCCUCUCCCAAGUGUCCCUGUUAUUAAUCAUGGGCCAGGUGCGAGAUGUACUGGGAUCCGAUAAUCAGACGCAGCUGCCACCGACUCUUACACACCAUAUCACCAACUACUCAAGACAGCUAGAUAAAUGGUUCGCCAAAUUCUCUGCGCUGUUCAUCACAAACGCAUACAUCGGCGAUUUCCCCAGAAAGGGUCUGGAGCUUCACUACCAAUUCGGCAAACUCUAUCUCGGUCAUCAGGUAUUCAAAGGGCUUCAUGGGAAUCCCAUCCCGAUGCAUUUCGUCUCUGCCGCGAACAUGGCCCACGAUGCAGCAGUUGGGAUCUACGAGAUGAUCCUGAAUGACAACCAGCUUAAAAAUAGCCUCGUCGGCAUGCCGCACUACUUUCAUAUCAUGAUCGCUUUCGCCGGUCAUUUGUUACUGGAGAUAUGUCACAACCACCACGAUCAACUGUCUAUCAACGUACAGGAUGAGUUCCAUCUCAUCAGUGCAGUUCUAGACCUGUUCCGCAACCAAAACUGUAUUCCUCAGCAUCCAAUCCGGCGCAUGGCUCCAGGUCUCAGUCGGAAACUCGCCGGCUGUGCUGCCAGCCUAGGGAUUAAUAGUCUGUCCGAGGACCAUCAACAGAUUCAGAAUGCGUACAUUUCAACGGCGGGCGGACAGAGCUUUGCAAAUGAAACUCAGCGAUUCGCCAAAGCGCCAGUCCAGUUUCCUGUCGACUCCACGGGGCCCCAGAUGGAUGACUUUCUAUUCGGCGAUAUUGGAGAAUUCACGUUCCCGGACUUGACAUCCAGCUUUCUGCCGUAG